AUGCUCACGUGGGCGUGGUUUCCGGUCGUCGGUCUGCUGCUGGCAGCAGCGGCCGGCCAGGAUCCUAGGACACGAAAUGAGAUUCGACCGCAAGUGUCGGCGGCCAAGCAAGAGGAACCGCUCGAGUCCAUCAGACUGCCGCGACAAUUGCAGCUGCCACGAUCGUUGGUGUCCCAGAGCCCGGCGAGCAUUAUCUCGACGUCCGAAAGAAGCCAGAAGAAACGGCAGCUGGGCGAUCUUGGGCUAAACUUCCAGCCGUUGUUAUCGCUCAAUAGCCAGACCCAGCAGCCGUUCCUUCCGACGACCUUUGGCGCGGGUGGUCUGGGCAGCAGCGUCAUCCCGCGAAUCGGCCCGCAACCGAGGCAGCUCGUCACACGAAUCACAGAGCCGUCACUGGCCCCGGCUAGUCACGUGAGCUUCGUGACCCCGUCGCUCGUGCAGUCGCAGCGAAGGAUCCACGACUUCGAGAGGUCGCACUCCUUCCAUCAUAAACACGGCCAUCACCACGGACACCACCAUGGCCAUCAUCACGAGCAUCACUCGCAUCACUCGCAUCACGCCAAGCACAAGCACCAUCACGGCCACGAGCACAAGCACGGUCACGAUCAUCACGAGGAGCACAAGCAUCACGAGGACCAUAAGCAUCAUCACGGCCACCACCAUCACCACGGCCAUGAUCAUCAUCACGGCCACAAGCAUCAAGACGACCACAAGCAUCAUCACGGCCACGAGCACAAGCAUCACCAUGGUCACAAGCACGGCCACAAGCACGGCCACGAGCAUAAGCAUCACGGCGAGCACAAGCACCAUCACGGCCACCAUCACCACUCCAAGCACGAGCAUCACGAGGAGCACAAACACCAGUCCGAGCAUCAUCAUCAUCACAAGCAUCACCACCACAACGAGCACCACCACCAUCACGAUCAUCAUCACGUCAACGAACACCACCAUCACCACACGCACAAGGAGACCGAGAACCAUCACCACCACCACGGCCACGGCCACAAGGAGCAUCACAAGCAUCAGCACAAAGAGGAGCACAAGCAUCAUCACGGCCACGAACACAAGCACGGUCACCACGAGGAGCACCACCAUGGCCACCACGAGGAUCAUCAUCACAAACACGGCCACGAUCACAAGCACGGCCAUCACGAGGACCACAAGCACCAUCAUCACCAGGAUCAUCAUCACAAGCACGGCCACGAGCACAAGCAUGGACAUCACGAGGAGCAUCACCACGGCCAUCACGAGGAUCACAAGCAUCAUCAUCACGAGGAUCAUCAUCACAAGCACGGCCACGAGCACAAGCACGGGCACAAGGAGGACCAUCACCACGGCCAUCACGAGGACCACCAUCACGCCCAUCAUCAGCAGCACAAGCAUCACCAUCACGAGUCCCACAAGCACGGCCAUGAGCACAAGGAGGAGCACAAACACGGGCACGACCACAAGCAUCAUCACGACCAUCACGAGAGCCACCAUCAUCACGAGCAUCACAAGCAUCACGAGGGCCACGAGCACAAGCACGGGCACAAGCACCACGAGGGACACAAACAUUUCGAGGAUCAUCACCACAAGCACGGACACGAUCAUCAUCACAAGCAUCACGAGGACCAUCAUCACGAGGUGUUCGAAGGCCACGAUCAUGAGCACUACAAAGGUUUCGGCCAUCACUUCGGGGCCUCGCAGAACCACGAGGAGUACGUAUUUCCGGAAGAAAGCGCGGCGGCUGCCGUAACACCGCCGGCGGACGACGUUCUGAAGAUCACAAAGCCGCCGGAAGUAACCGAGUCCGCCGAGCAAGUGGCGGUCGUGCAAGUGUAGCGAAAGGAUGACAAACACGGCGCAAACACGACAGGGUUGCUUAGAAGCGGAACGUCCGGAAGUUAAGUUACUCGCAAACGCGACGCACGCCGUUCUGCGCGAGAAUUGUCUUGCGAGAAAAUUGUUACCUAAACGCGAAAGAUGGCAUCGUUAUUAUUUGCAUGUACUUUGGUGCCGCCGCUACUUUUCGAAUGACGUUUCAGAACUAGAGAGCGGAGGGAGAGAAAGAGAGGGAGAAUUUUUUGGGUUAUACAGCUGCGAGGCUCGCGCAUCGAUCCGCGAUAUAAAUGCUACUCAAACUUACCCCCUGACUGAAUACAAUUUGCAUCGUAUUAUCUUCAGAGCGAGUAGAGAAGCA